UUUAAUUUCUAUUAGACAUGAAAUAUUGGUUUCUACUCUCUUUUCACAUCACUGCGUGACGUAAUAAUAAUUGAUAAUCGAUCGUUUGCGUUGGUUAGCAACAAGGCAAUAAUUUACGAUUCUGUAUUGUUACCGACGCCAAUUUUCAACGUGCUGUGAUACAGUGAGGAUACAGGAAAAUAAUAUAUUGUUAUUAAAACAUUCAUUUUAUUAGCUGCAGAGAAGAUGUCAUCCAAAAAAGCAUAUCCAAUUACACAAAAGCGACGUGCAAUUAUGUAUGAUUCCGAUUCUGCGAGUGAAAGCUCAGAAAUUAAUCAGCCUAAUACAGAAGCACCAAAUACAAAUAUUAUAACGUUAAGUAAAGAACCAUUGGCAUUGUUAAAUCGUCAAUAUGUUGAACUGAAAUAUGACAUUAAACAAAUUUUUAAUAAAUUAGAAUCUAUCGAAAGACUAUUAAAUAACGUAGCAGUUACUGGAAGUAAUUCUGGAAUUGUGGAUGGCGAAAAGUCUUUUUUAGACCAAUUGCCACUGGCAUCCGUUACCGAAAUGAAUAAUUUUGAUACUAUGAUCUCAGAAAGCUCUGAAAAAUUUAACUUACUGGUACAAUUACUAUAUUUAGUUGGCGGAGAUACAAAUAAAAAAAUAAUAUAUAACAUGCUUCACAAAUUAAUGACGAACGAAGCAGCAACGUUUUAUUCGGGACAGGGAAGAAAAAAAAAAUUAUCUUUUAUUCAUUUAAAAUUAUAUGAUGCUGUAACUGUAGCAACAAGAAGAAGGCAAGCGUCCAUUACGGAUGUUGAAAUCAAGCAAACAAUAUCUUUAUUUUUGGCAUCAGCUCAGUCAAGAUUAAAAUAA